GCGAGUUAUUCCCGCAGCAGCGGGCAGCGGCCCCGGGUCUUCUCUUAUUACCAAACCCACCACUCCACACGGAGUCGUCCGCUACCAUCCCCUCCGUGCUGCGGGUUUCUAAAAUCUCUCUCCGCCGGCGAUGGCUCUCGCGAUAAAUCCCUCCUCCAUAACCUACCGGAGCUCGCUUGGCCGUGCCUUCUCCUCCUCCUCCUCCCCCAAAUCCACCCCUCUCGUGAUCGGCGGCUUCUUGAUCCUCCUCCUGUUCCUAACAAUCGCGGCGGAGGUGGAUGCGGCGGAGGUGGGGAUUCGCAAAAGUGGGAAAUCGUCGGUCUUUUCGUUGUUCAACCUUAAAGGGAAGAGUAAAUUCUGGAGCGAAGAUGUGAUUCGUGGUGAUUUUGAUGAUUUGGAAAGUUCAGUAUCUUCUGACUUGGCGAAAAUGGCCGUGUUCAACUACACAAAGGCAGGUAAUAUUGCAAAUUAUUUGAAGGUUUCAGAGGUUGAUUCUAUAUAUCUCCCUGUCCCAGUGAACUUCAUCUUCAUAGGAUUUGAAGGAAAAGGGAACCAUGAGUUUAAGCUGGGAUCUGAGGAACUUGAGCGGUGGUUCACCAAGAUUGACCACAUUUUUGAACAUACACGAGUCCCUCCAAUUGGGGAGGUUCUUACACCAUUUUACAAGAUCAGCAUUGAGAAAGUUCAACGCCAUCAUCUUCCUCUCAUCGGUCACAUAAACUACAACUUUUCUGUGCAUGCUAUACAUAUGGGAGAAAAAGUUACUUCUGUUUUCGAGUAUGCCAUAAAAGCUCUAUCGCGUAAAGAAGAUAUUUCAGAUUCCAGGGAGGAUGAAGAAGUUCUUUGGCAAGUUGACAUCGAUAGGAUGGAGUAUCUUUUUUCAACUCUCAUUGAAUACCUUAAGAUUGAGGAUGCGUACAACAUUUUUGUUCUCAAUCCAAAGCAUAAUGAUAAAAGGGUUCACUAUGGUUAUCGGAGAGGCUUGUCUGAGUCAGAGAUCAGCUUUCUCAGGGAGAAUAAAACCCUGCAAGCCAAAGUUCUCCAAUCAGAAAGUGUCACUGGAAAUUCUCUUGAAUUUGAUAAGGGUAACAGCCCAAGGCCUUUGUAUGUAAAUCGACCUACAUCAAAUUUUGCCUUGACCACAACUGAAGAUAUUGAUACUACAGAAUGGUCGAAGAGGUGUUUAGAUGCCUUGACCAGUGCCGAGAAAGUGAACGAUGGGAAGGAUUAUGCUGAGAUUGUUUAUAACAAAGCUGCUCAGAUGUUACAUGGGAAACAGGAUGAUAUAAAUCUUCUUUUUGAGAAACAGCUAAAAUCUGGGGAUUUAAAGGGUCUCCAUCCUGAGUGUCUUACAGAUACAUGGAUAGGCAGAGACAGGUGGGCAUUCAUUGAUCUGACUGCAGGACCUUUUUCAUGGGGUCCGUCUGUUGGUGGAGAAGGUGUCCGUACUGAACUGAGUUUACCAAAUGUGGGGAAAACUAUUGGUGCAGUUGCAGAAAUUACGGAAGAUGAAGCUGAAGAUAAAUUGCAAGAUGCAAUCAGAGAAAGAUUUUCAUCAUUUGGUAAUGAUCAUCAAGCCAUUGAUAUCCUUUUAGCAGAAAUUGAUAUCUAUGAAAUUUUUGCUUUCAAACAUUGCAAGGGAAGAAAGGUCAAGCUAGCUCUCUGUGAAGAGCUUGAUGAGAGGAUGCAUGAUUUGAAAAGCGAGCUGAAGGGAUACGACAGUGAGGAGUAUGACGAGACACAUAAGAGAAAAGCUCUUGAUGCAUUAAAGCGAAUGGAAAAUUGGAAUUUGUUCAGUGAUACUUAUGAGGAAUAUCACAAUUACACAGUUGCUCGUGAUUCAUUUCUUGCUCAUGUUGGGGCUACAUUAUGGGGUUCUAUGAGACAUGUAAUUGCCCCCUCAAUUGCGGACAGCGCAUACCAUUACUACGAGAAGAUAUCAUUUCAGAUCUAUUUUAUCACACAGGAGAAAGUGAGGAACAUCAAAAAGUUGCCUGUGAACCUAAUGUCUUUGACGAAUGGCCUUUCUUCUUUGCUGCUACCUUCUCAAAAGAUCAUGUUUAGCCAACACCUGCUAUCACUUUCUGAGGAUCCUGCUCUGACAAUGGCCUUCUCAGUGGCCCGACGUGCAGCUGCUGUCCCUCUUUUGCUAGUCAAUGGUACUUAUAGGUCAACUGUUCGUGCCUAUUUGGAUUCCUCCAUUCUUCAACAUCAACUUCAGAGGCUAAGUGUUCAUGGUUCACUUAAAGGAACACACUUGAAUGCGAGGUCGACACUAGAAGUUCCAAUAUUCUGGUUCAUACAUAAUGAUCCAUUAUUGGUGGACAAACAUUAUCAAGCAAAGGCACUUCCUGACAUGAUAAUAGUUGUCCAGUCUGAGACAUCAUCUUGGGAGAGCCACUUGCAGUGCAAUGGGAAGUCACUUUUAUGGGACUUGAGGAUGCCUGUAAAAGCAGCCAUCGCUGCUACUGCUGAGCAUCUAGCUGGUUUACUUCCUCUCCACCUGGUUUACAGUCAAGCCCAUGAAACUGCUAUUGAGGAUUGGACAUGGUCUGUUGGCUGCAACCCUCUGUCCAUCACUUCUCAAGGCUGGCAUCUUUCACAGUUUCAGUCAGAUGUGAUUGCUCGGAGCUAUAUCAUCACUGCUCUUGAGGAGUCUAUACAAGCAGUUAAUGCUGCUAUUCACCGUCUGGUUAUGGAGCAUACAACUGCACAGGGUUUUAAACUAUUCAAAACUCAGGAGCGAGUACUGGUGGAAAAAUACAAUUCAGUUGUUAGUUUAUGGAGGAGAAUUUCGACAAUCUCUGCCGGGCUGCGUUAUGGUGAUGCUGUGAAGCUUCUAUCCUUGCUUGAGGAUGCUUCCAGCAGGUUUACAGAUGUUGUGAAUUCCACCGUUGCUACGCUGCAUCCUAUUCAUUGCACUCGGGAAAAGAAAGUUGAUGUAGAAUUUGACCUGACCACGAUCCCUGCAUUUUUGGUGGUUUUUGCAAUUCUGUGGUUUGUUCUAAGACCAAGGAGGCCAAAACCCAAGAUCAAUUGAGGGCUAUAGAGCUAGAACUGUAGCAAAGUUGUACGUCUGCAGAUCAAGAUGAGUAGAUGGCAGGUUUCUGAAUUUUUGUGUGUUGGCCCUAAUUAUACAUCUUUAUUUUUUCUGAGCUGAUUUUAUUGCUGAAGGUGUUGGAUGCUGACAAGUAGGCUGAGUUGACUAAUGACAUUAUCGUCGUGUUCGCUUAUCUUUGUAUUUAUGAGGAGCUAUUCUCGUCCAA